AUGGCUUCUGCGCUGAUGGCUGGUCUAAUCAUCGGCCCAGACCUGAUUUUAGUCUACCAGUUAUUUCAUUCAGCGCCGGUGUUUGACAGGAGACCCCGAGUUAACACUCUGAUGACUGUGAUUGCGAUUCAUCCGAGCUUCAGCUCUGUCAGGACGUGUUACAGGGAUUCUGAAGACUCAAAGAGAGCAGAGCUUCAGAGCCCAAAGCUCCGGUCACUGAGCUGGAUUGAGAGAGACAGAAGGAGAUGGCAUCUUCAGAUCUGCUUCACACCGACCGUCGGCAUGUCUUCACUGCUCCUGCCAGCAGCUGAUGGAGCAGAAAUGAGGCACGUGCUGGAGUGGGAGGACGCUCGCGCUGACGGGGUUCGAGAGCAGCUCGCGGUCAAUGCAGGGAUGUCUGACAUGCUGAAGCCGGGCGAGCCGAGCGGUUCUGCUUUCCUCAAAGUGGACCCGACCUACAUCCAGCACUGGCAGCAGCUCUUCCCGCAGAAUAGCGCACUGAAAGCCGCUUCUCUGCCGCCUCCGGUGCCGCUGGAGAACCUCCGCCUGCAGAGACCCAGCCUGAUCUCGAGCUCCAGCUCCUCCACCGCGUCUCCCGCGGGUCAGAUCGCGCUGUUCGGACAGACUCUGAGCUCCGACACCGGCGGCGGAUCUUCUCAAGCCAAAGAACUUUGCUUGUCGUCCAACUUUAAGAAUGAUAAAGGAUCGCGGCUGAAGCUGAGCUCCGAGGAGCUGGACUAUUAUCUCUACGGACAGCAGAGGAUGGAGAUCAUCCCGCUCAACAACCACAACGGAGAGCUCAACAACCGCUGUGACAUGUGUGCGGACAACCGUAACGGCGAGUGCCCCAUGCACGGACCCCUGCACUCGCUGCGGAGGCUGGUGGGGACCAGCAGCUCCUCGGGGGCCGCUCCUCCUCCAGAGGUCCCGGACUGGCUGAGGGAUCUGCCCCGUGAGGUGUGUCUGUGCACCAGCACCGUCCCGGGUCUGGGAUACGGCAUCUGUGCAGCCCAGCGCAUCCCACAGGGCACCUGGAUCGGGCCCUUCCAGGGAGUCCCGCUGCCGCUGGAGAAGGUGCAGUCGGGAUCCGUGCGAAACACAAGACACUCAUGGGAGAUUUACGAUCAGGAGGGAACCUUACAGCACUUUAUUGACGGGAACGAGCCCAGUAAGUCGAGCUGGAUGAGGUACAUCCGCUGCGCCAGACACUGUGGAGAGCAGAACAUGAUGGUGGUGCAGUACAGGUCGUGUAUCUUCUACCGGGCGUGUGCAGAUAUUCCUCGAGGAACGGAGCUCCUGGUUUGGUACAACGACAGUUACACGUCUUUCUUCGGGAUCCCGCUGCAGUGCGUCGCACAAGACGAAAACUUGAACGUGCCGUCUUCUGUCGUGGAGGCAAUGUCGCAUCAGGACUCGCUUCAGCCCUUCAGCAAGAGCCCCAAAUCCUCGUCUUCCUCGCUGCUGCUGCCGCCGCGCUCCGUGGUCUUCCCUCAGUUGCCCUGCUCUCGGAGCUUCUCUCUGCUGGACAAGAGUCACGCCGAGUCCAGCCUGAGCCAGAUGAGCGUGAAGAACCAGCGUGUGCUGGCCAGCCCGACCUCCACCAGCCAGCUGAGCUCUGAUUUCAGCGACUGGCAUCUGUGGAAGUGCGGCCAGUGCUUCAAGACCUUCACGCAGAGGAUCCUGCUGCAGAUGCACGUGUGCACGCAGAACCCCGACAGGCCGUAUCAGUGCGGACACUGCUCGCAGUCGUUCUCGCAGCCGUCGGAGCUGCGCAAUCACGUGGUCACGCACUCCAGCGACCGGCCCUUCAAGUGCGGCUACUGCGGCCGAGCCUUCGCCGGAGCCACCACCCUCAACAACCACAUCCGCACGCACACCGGGGAGAAGCCUUUCAAGUGCGAGCGGUGCGAGCGCAGCUUCACGCAGGCCACUCAGCUCAGCAGACACCAGCGGAUGCCCAACGAGUGCAAACCCAUCAGUGAGAGCAGCGAAUCAAUCGAGGUGGAUUAACUGAUUGACCGGCCGGAAUUAAACGGCCAGGGAAAAUCAUGAUUAAAUGUCACGAACACUUAAGCAAAACCAAAGAUUUCCUCGGAGAAACUCUC